AUGAGACCGGGUUGUUACAUUUCUCUGUUCCGUUGCAAACUGCAGUUAUUGAGUGCCUGUUUCAUCGUGCUGUCAAUUAGUCUUUUACUGAUUUAUCAAAGAACAAACGUCAAUGAUAAUCAACCGUUGAUUUCAGCUAAGCGUGAUGAAAUAACGGCCGGUGUCAUCGACAGCAAUCGUAAAUUCAACUUGAUGGAUGAAACUUCUGGAUUCUUCGAACGGCUAUUCAGCAACAAGGAGUGCACGUUAGAUUACAUGAACGGCAAUAAACUGCCGCAAGAUCAUCCGUGCGUCAUCGAGACUAUUAAACGCCAUUAUUUGAAUAAACCAUCGCCACCAGAAGUUCCUCUGCAGCUCGAUUCUAACGAUGAUAAAGAUCGUUCUCCAGCACAGAAAGACGUCAUAUUCAGGCUCUUGAAAAAUCAGUUUUGAAAUUAGAAAACACUGUUUAGCGUACAAACUACUGUAUG